AUGGUCUUUUUUAUCACUGGUAGAACUGGUAUUUUAUCACUGGUAGGCCCUGUGCAGGGCCUGAUCAACAGAACAUUUUUGUAUCUAAAUUCAGUUAUAUAAUAAUAUAUUAACUAUAUAUUAUAUUCUAUAUUUAAUAGAAUAAAAAAUUUCAUUCAAUAACAAAGAAAAAAAAGACAUCUGCAUCAAGAAUGUUCUACUUUUAUCACAUAGUUGAUGGACAGUGGUCCAACUGGGGUACCUGGUCUGGCUGUACCAAAACAUGUGGUCAUGGGAUAAGCACGCAUGAACGUACAUGUGACAAUUCUUAUCCUCCCUUUGGUGGAGUAACAUGUGAUGGUAAACCAUUUGAAGCACAAGUGUGUCUGUUUCAAGUUUGUCCAGGUACAAUUGUGUAUUAGAGUGUUAUAGAUGAAUUGAAUGUCUAGAGUCUAUUAUUAAUUAAGUAAUGUUUAUGGCCAGCUGUUAAAAACAUUUUAUUUUAAGUUAUUGAAAUGGAAUCCUAUUUUUAGAUUUGAGUAUAAAUGCAAUAAAACCUAUUGAAGGGGAUUUGAGUGAGCAAUUUGCAUGAUGACCUGUCUUUUGACUAACACUACCAGAAUCUUUCAGGAUUUUGCUUUCUUGUGCAAUUGGGGCUUUUACGUUAUUCUGGAACUUCACUGGGAUUACCAAAUUUAAUUAUGAAAGAUAAAGAUUUAACAUGAUAAAAUUAAUAAUAAUAAUAAUAAAAUAAUAAUAAUAAUAAUAAUAAUAAUAAUAAUAAUAAUAAUAAUACAUCUACAUAAUGUCCAGGUCAUUUUCUUUAUCACUAAUUGAUGGCCUGCACCUGGGACACCUGGUCUAACUGUACCAAAACAUGUGGUCAUUCGAUUAGCACAUUAUAUAAUUGUCAUUACUUAAUUAAAUGAAACUGUCUGUCGUGGAUUGUAGGUUUUCCAUGCGAAUCAAACAUGAUAAUUACUAUCUAUUACUAUGAAUAAAAUGAAUUAAUACCAUUGUACUCUUCUUUUCCUUUUUUUCCUCCAAUCCUGCAGGCCACUCAAGGUCGAACAAAGCUUGGAAAAUUGGCUGUUUAGUACUGGUCUUGCUCCUUGCGACAGCCAUUGUGGUGAUAAUGUACAUGUGCUUUAAGUACUGUAAAGUAACCCAUGCCCCUCAGGGUGAUGCUGUAAAUAACGGAAAUGGGAUUGAAAUAGAAACUACAAAUAUUGGACAGAAGGUCAACAGUCUUGCUGAUAAUGAUGACCAUAAUGAUGAAGAUGAUGAUGAAAUGCUAAACCUUUGA